AUUCUACAAUUCCGCCGCUAACCUCUCUUUCUCGGAUCGAGCUCGGCCUUCAUCUCUUUGUCGCGCGCAUCCGUCUAUCCGUAAGAUCUCCCUCUCUCGAUCGAGCUUCGUCUUCAUCUCUUUUCGCCGAGAUACUCACUUUAAAUAUACUAUAUUCCUUUAUUCAUUGCGGUGCGACUCGAUCCCGGUGGUAGAAAGCUCUGAAGAGCGCAGCUGCUCAAACCCUACCGCUUCGAAAAAAGGAACGGACGAUCGCCGCUGCCGCAGGCCAUAUAUAUCGACACAAAUCCGGCGAACUCUGCCGGGAGCCAAGCUGAUACCGCGAUUCCUUUCAACUCUGUGAAGGUGAUCUUUUUUUCUCUCUCAUGAGUUAUCCAGUUUUCGAAUCCUACACUGAUUUUACGGGUGUGCAAGCUUGUGUGCGCACACAACACGUAGUCUCCAAUUUUGUAUGACCUAAUAUUUGUAGUUUUCACAAUUCUCACUAUUUGAAAACAAAAGUGCAAAACUACUCCACUCAAAACAAUAUAUGGCAUAAAAUAAAGGUUUUUUUAUUUCUCUCAUUUUACGGUCGGUCAUGUGAGACGGCAGAAUGCUGACGCUCCUGUACGGAGAUGCGAGAGGAUUAUGGUUGUUGGGAGAAGUAGGGGAAGGGGUAGACCUAGGAAGAAAUGGAAGGAGGUGAUAAGGGAGGAUUUAGGACUUCUCACCCUGACAGGGGAUAUGACUUUAGAUAGUAACCGUUGGAGAACUAGGAUUAGAGUAGCAAGUCAGGGGUUUUUUGUAGUGUGCUUUGUUUGGUUAGAAAUUUUUGCUAUUGCUUGUAGGACUUUCAUUCUAUUGUAUUUGGUGCUUUAUCUGUGUUAUACUGUGAUUCUUAUUAUAUUUUUUGUGCAGUUGGAGCCGGGGGUCUCUUGGAAACAGCCUCCCUACUUCCGAGUAGGGGCAAGGUCUACGGACACACACCCUCCCUAGAUCCUACUGUAGUGGGAUUCAACUGGGUUGUUGUUGUUUAGGACCGGCCAUGUGGUACAUAGGUUGGUUUAUAAGGGGUUAUAGAAAGAUGACACACUUUAGAGCAGGAAAACAAUUAGAAUCUAUCUGAGCCAUGUGUCCAUAAAAGUUUUCAAUUCAGAGUAUGAAGUGCUGUUAAAACUAUUGUAAAAAAGAACUGUUCAAUUUUUUAAAAAUUAUAUUUUUAUAUAUAUAUCUAAAAGUGGCCUCUCUACUUCAAGUAUAGAUAAGUAAGGUAUGUGUAUACACACCCUACUCUUGCGAUAUUUACUUAGUUUGUUUUUGUGUAUCUAAAAGUCUAAAACCUUUACAUUGUAACUGUACAUAUUCUGACUACCUUGAUAUUAUUGUGAUACAUAUUUGUGGGCAGCUUUGUUAUUCACAAUUUCAGUGCUGAAACUACACUGACUAAAUUGCAUUCUUGCUGGUGUGCUUGCACAAACUGGCAGUUUAGUAUGCUAUUCAAUUUCAACCUGCCACCCCUACACUUUCAUCACUAAAUUUGAAAAAACUAGUGGAAUCGGGAAUAAAUAUAUUUUCGGUUUGUAAUUGUGAAAAUAUAAAAGGUAACCAUAUAAAUCUUUUCAGUUUCUUUUAUGAACUCUUGUUUUUCCUUGUCUGUAACCAACAUAUUCCAUCCUGUGUAGACGUCACAUCAGGAAAUUAGUGCUACACUAUAGCAAUAUAUAAAAGGUCUGAAAGGGCGGCAUUUUUAUAUCUCCUUUCCUCCACCAAACUGCUCCAAAAUCUUGAAGAGAGCAGUGUAGGAUUUCUCAAGAAGAAAAUGUUGUUCUUUUCAUACUUCAAAGAUUUGGUAGGGAGAGAAGUGACUGUGGAACUGAAGAACGAUUUGGCCAUAAGGGGCACACUUCACUCUGUCGACCAAUACCUCAACAUAAAACUUGAGAAUACUAGGGUUGUUGACCAGGACAAGUUUCCUCACAUGCUUUCAGUGAGGAACUGUUUCAUCAGAGGCUCAGUGGUGAGGUAUGUCCAGUUACCGCCCGAAGGAGUCGACAUCGAACUGCUUCACGAUGCUACGAGGAGAGAAGCUCGUGGUGGAUAAGUUCUCGGGGAAUUAUGUAUCCGUACGUCUUUUGGGCCCGUGUAUGUCUGCGUAAUCUAGCUCUCUGAGUCUGUUGGAAGCAACCUAUCUAAUACCGCGUAAUAGGGGUAAUGUAUGUUUACUCACUCUUCUCACACUACUUUUUUGUUGGAUUUUACUGUUUCUUUGGUUUAUCUUCCAAGUUUGUGAGUAUCAUUUUGAUCUGCUUCAUGUACAAUUCACUGAACUGCUUCAGAGGAUUCAUUCCUUAUCUAGAGAUAUUUCAUCUUCACUCUACUUGAGAUUU